GUGAAGAGUUGACUUUACGGUGAACGGCUGCGGUGUCUUCAGUAAACAAGAGUGUGUGUGUGUGUGACCUGGACCUAGACUUUGCCAUUAUGAAGGUAGCAGUUCUGCUGGCCUACGCAGUUCUCACAACAAGAAGAGUCACAUGUGCCGCGAUCCACGCUCCCUUAGACGUAAUUUCAUUAGAAGAUAUUACGGAAACUGACAGAAGACAUUUAGAAUACUUAAACAGCUAUUACAACUACCCCUCAAGGUCUAAGAGAUCGGGGGAUGACGCGCUCAAUCAUUUAAAAGCAUCGAUAGGUCAAGGCAUUAAAUCUAAAUUAGGGUUGCUAGCUAAGGGUUCGGCUUCAGCAAGCGGCAGCUUCAGCAAAGGAAGCAAAAGUUACCACCACCAUGACGUGCAUCCAGACUACGACCACCACCACAAAUUCGACCUCUGGUCCCUGAAGAAAUCGAUCCUCAACACUCUCCUGCAGGCGGUGAAGGCCAUCAAAGGCGGAGUGAUAGCCAUAAAAGGGCAGCUGAUAAAAGGAAGCGGUUACCUCAUAUCUGCAAAGGGCAAGUUAAUAAGUUCCAAGGGAGAAGCCAUAACCAAACUGGGCAAGAACAUCGCCACUUCCGCCGUCUUGAGUCCGACCCACGGACAUUCUGAAGAACACGACCACGCCCACUACCACCACAGCGCCCCGGAGGAAUACGGUUCCCCCUCGGCCCCCGGACCCGAGUACGAGGUGCCCGAGCACCACUACCACCAUCACCACCAUGAAGACAAACACGGCGCCGACCACUCUGGUAUCCUAAUACUGAAGAAAAUCCCCACCCACGAGCACUCCGAGCACCCCCCCGCCGAGCACAAAGUCCCCGACUUCAAGCACAUCGACCACAAAGGGCCCGGUUGGGGCGAAAUCAUCGGGAAAUUCUUCUCCGCCUCCACUUCUCUUAAACCCGGACAUCCCGCCCCUUUCGGUGACGACCACCACCACCAUUACACGCACGAUGAUGACCAUCAUCCCUCUAGUCACGAAGACUACCACCAUCCCUCUAGUCACGAAGACUACCACGACUCUAGUCACGUAGAUAGUCACGAAUACUCCUCCUCGUCCAACGACAGCCCCAAAACCAGCCUUUUCGAGGAAGCCCCGCCUUUUCUGAACGGGGCGGAGUAUGCGUCCGAGUCCAAAGGGGCUGCCGCCACGCAAGCUCCGCAAACCACGCCCGCGUCCGAGCCUCCAAAGCCCGCCCCUAUCAAAUACGACGAAGUCAGGCCGCUUUCGUCGUUCUCGAACGUGGGUUUUGACGGGACGUCGUUCUUGGCCAAUUCUGAUAGGUUCAAUUAUUUCGGAGGGGCGUUGUCUGAGCAACCCAAUGCGAAUUUCCCGGCGCUUUCGGUGUCGCUGCCGGCGAUGAAACCCGUGGACGGGAUGCAGUACGGGGCGUUUCAGAACCCGGGGGCGGGGACUGAUUUGAAGUACUUGGCGGAGCUUGGACCCCAGGUUUUUCCCAGGCAGAACGGUUUUGUAUCACGCUUACCUGGAUAA